AUGGACAUUGGUCAUGUUGAUCCAGAAUGUCUGGACCCUGAUGCACUGAGCUUCAAACUGGCCCUGCCUCCACCCCAAAGAGAAUCAACGGCAGGUGAAGGGGAGCUGAAGGUGAUUCAGCCUGAGAGGUCAGUGUCAGUUGCAGCAGGAGAGACGGCCACUCUGCACUGCACCGUGACCUCCCUGAGCCCCGUGGGGCCCAUCAGUUGGUUCAGGGGAACUGGGCCAGGUCGGGAGUUAAUCUACAGUCAAAAAGGAGGUGUCUCUCCCCGAGUAACAAGUGUUGCAGAUACCACAAAGAGAUACAACAUGGACUUUUCCAUUCGCAUCAGUAACAUCACCCCAGCAGACACUGGUGUCUAUUACUGUGUGAAGUUCCGGAAAGGAGAACAGGGCGCCGUGGAGUUUAAGUCUGGACCAGGCACUCAUCUCACUGUGAGUGGAGCGGCAGGUGAGGGGGAGCUGCAGGUGAUUCAGCCUGAGAGGUCAGUGUCAGUUGCAGCAGGAGAGACGGCCACUCUGCACUGCACUGUGACCUCCCUGAGCCCCGUGGGGCCCAUCAAGUGGUUCAGGGGAACUGGGCCAGGUCGCGAGUUAAUCUACAGUCAAAACGGAGGUGUCUCCCCCAGAGUAACAAGUGUUGCAGUUACCACAAAGAGAUACAACAUGGACUUUUCCAUCCGCAUCAGUAACAUCACCCCAGCAGACACUGGUGUCUACCACUGUGUGAAGUUCCGGAAAGGAGAACAGGGCGACGUGGAGUUUAAGUCUGGACCAGGCACUCAUCUCACUGUGAGAAAGAAGCCCUCCCCGCCCAUGGUAUCUGGCCCUACAGUGAGGGCUACACCUAAGCAGACAGUGAACUUCACCUGCACAUCCCACGGCUUCUCCCCCAGAAACAUCUCCCUUUAAUGGUUCAAAAAUGGCAGUGAGCUCUCAGCCUCCUAAACCAGUGUGGAUCCAGAGGGAGACAGUGUUUCCUACAGCAUCUCCAGCACAACCAAGGUGCUGUGGGCCCCGGGAGAUAUUCACUCCCAGGUCAUCUGCGAGGUGGCCCACGUCACCCUGCAGGGGGGCCCUCCUCUCCUUGGGACUGCCAACUUGUCCAAGACUAUCCAAGUUUUACCCACCUUGGAGCUUACACAACACCCUAUGGGGAACCAGGUGAAUGUCAUUACCUGCCAGGUGAACAAGUUCUACCCCAGAGACUUGCAGCUGACCUGGUUGGAGAAUGGAAUCAUAUUCUGAACAGAAGUGACCUUAACCCUCAUAGAAAACAAGGAUGGAACCUUUAACUGGACGAGCUGGCUCCUGGUGAACUCCUCUGCCCACAGGGAGGCUGUGGUGCUCACCUGCCAGGUGGAGCAUGACAAGCAGCUGGCAGUCAGCAGAAAUCAUACCCUGGAGGUCUCUGCUCGUCAGAAGGACCAGGGCACCCACAAACUCCCUGGCCCAGAACAGUCUUCGCCUCUCCUGGUAGUUUUCCUCCUAGGCCCCAAGAUGCUGCUGUUGGCUGGUGUCUCCAUCAUCCUAAUCUGCAAGAAGUUUUGA